CUCUGCCCCAGGACGAGAAGGCAGCCCAAACACGACGAAAUCAUGGGCAAAGGCGCCCACGGCGGACACCGGGGCGGCCACCGGGGCCACCAUGGGUUCCACGGCCGCGGCCACGGCGGCGGGCCCUUCGGCCCCCUGGGGCUGCUCUGCGAGAUGAUCUGCCUCUGUGGCCGCCCGCGCGGCACGAAUCAUUCGAAGCACUCGCGUCGGCAGCGCCACCACCGGCGGAUGCAAACGUUCGCCGCAGACGAGAGCAUCGAUCGAGCGUCGAUUCCCACGCAGGCGGCCUCUGCGCGACGCUCUUCGGCUCGCCGCCGCCGCCGCCGCCGCCGCCGCCGCCGGCCUACGGCCAGGCGCCGGUCGCGCAGAACCCCAUGUACCAGGCGCCGCCGCCCUACAACGGCUAG